GCUUGCGCCAUUGCGAAUGUCGCUGUCAUGUCUGCCACUAUUGAUGUAGUUGUGCAGCGGUUGAGCUCGCCUGACUCUGCUGACCUGCCUCUGCUUCGAUUAGAUGUCAAACUCAAAGUCGAAGCAGCGACUCAGCUGCGCGACAACCUCGAGCACUACAUAACUGGACCCAUAUACCCAGCUUUCCUCAAGAAGCUAAUUCCAAUAUUCAUCAACUGCCUAAAAGGCCCUCCAGUUUUUAUUAGUACUUCCUCGGAACAAAAACUACGGAGCUGUGUUCUCGAGAUCCUCCAUCGCUUGCCUACGAACCCCCCCGAGCCUUUCGAACCAUAUGCAGAAGAAGUGGUGGAUCUUUUGAUGAAUCUGGUGAAAUGUGAUAAUGAGGAAAAUGCAUCUCUCUGUGUCAAGACGAUCAUGGAUAUUAUGCGGCACCAGACCAAAGUGCUGCAAGAGAAGGUCCAGCCCUUCUUGACGCUCAUUCAAGACCUCUUCGACCAGAUGGAGUCAGUGGUACGGGAUCAGCUCGACAACCCAACUUCUGGAGUGCCAUCGACACCAGGGAGCUCACAAACAUACCAAAACUCUCCUCGACCAGGCUCUCCAGUUGCAUCUGUCGCAGACCUUGGGGCAGAUCCCCAGCAGCAGACCCGGCCGUUGUUAAAGGGGAUGCAGUCCUUCAAAGUGCUGGCAGAAUGUCCAAUUAUUGUGGUGUCAAUAUUCCAGGUCUACAGAAACACGGUUGGGCCAAAUGUUAAGCUUUUUGUGCCUCUCAUCAAGAGCGUUCUCCUUCUCCAAGCAAAACCUCAAGAACAAGCACAUACCGAUGCCGCAGCAAAGGGUACCAUCUUCACUGGUGUUAGCCCCAACAUUCGAAACAGAGCUGCCUUUGGAGAGUUCAUCACGGCCCAGGUCAAGACAAUGAGUUUCUUGGCAUACCUCCUUCGGGUAUACUCGCAGCAGCUUACCGAUUUUCUUCCAACACUACCAAAUAUCGUUGUUCGACUGUUGAAGGAUUGUCCGCGGGAAAAAUCCGGGGCGAGAAAAGAACUGCUGGUUGCGAUUCGACACAUCAUAAAUUUCAACUUCCGGAAGAUAUUUGUGUCGAAGAUUGAUGAGCUUCUUGAUGAGAGGACAUUGAUAGGUGAUGGUUUGACAGUCUACGAAACAAUGCGACCUCUUGCAUACAGCAUGCUUGCUGACCUUAUCCAUCAUGUUCGAGAUGCUCUAGAUCCUAAGCAGAUUCGGAAGACGGUCGAGGUAUAUACCAAGAAUCUGCAGGACAGCUUCCCCGGUACCAGCUUUCAGACCAUGAGCGCCAAGCUGCUUCUGAAUAUGGCAGAAUGCAUUUCGAAGAUGCCCAGCAAGACAGAUGCUCGUUACUACCUAAUCAUGAUCCUUAAUGCUAUUGGAGAUAAGUUUGCCGCCAUGAACAGGCAAUAUCCCAAUGCUGUCAAGCUUUCGAAGCUCUACGCACAACAAUCGAUCGAUGCGUCUGCAGAUAACUAUCUAGCGGAAAAAGAUAAUCCUCCUAAUUGGGAUGAGAUCGAUAUUUUCACAGCUAUGCCAAUCAAGCCAUCAAAUCCUCGAGACCGGGGGCUCGACCCUGUUGCCGAUAACAAAUUCCUGUUCAAGAAUCUCAUGAAUGGGUUGAAGAACACUUUCUAUCAACUGAAAGCAUGUAAUACUGCCCCGCCAAUUGAUGCGAACAACGCACCCGCUCAUUGGCAGGAAGUCUCAUAUGGAUUUUCGGCCGAGGAAGUCCAGGUAAUCAUUAAGCUCUUUCGCGAAGGUGCUUACGUUUUCCGGUACUACGAAAUUGAGAAACCAGCGUCAGAAUCGCAGUACGCUUCACCUGUUGAGUUUAUGGCAAAUCACUACAUGAUCUCCAGCAGCAAGGAAGAGAAGGAUCUGCUUGAAACUUUUGCCACAGUCUUCCAUUGUAUCGACCCAGCCACUUUCCAUGAGGUUUUCCAUGAAGAGAUUCCAAAGCUCUACGAGAUGAUAUUUGAGCACACUGCACUCCUCCAUGUACCGCAGUUCUUUCUUGCGAGCGAAGCAACGUCUCCCAGCUUUGCGGGAAUGCUUUUGAAGUUCCUCAUGGACCAUAUCGAUGAAGUAGGCAGCUCAGAUGUCAAGAAGUCGUCAAUUCUUCUCCGACUCUUCAAGCUGGCUUUCAUGGCCGUGACUCUCUUUUCGAAUCAGAAUGAACAAGUCCUUUUGCCCCACGUGCUCGACAUUGUCACGAAAUCCAUUGAGCUAUCAACGACCGCCGAAGAGCCAAUGAACUACUUCCUCCUUUUAAGAUCACUCUUCCGAAGUAUUGGUGGUGGAAAGUUUGAGCACCUCUACAAGCAGAUCCUACCUCUUCUUGAAAUGCUUUUGGAGGUUCUGAACAACUUGCUCUUAGCCGCACGAAAGCCGGCAGACCGAGACCUAUACGUAGAGCUGUGUCUCACCGUCCCUGCCAGGCUCAGUAACCUCCUCCCCCAUUUGAGCUAUUUGAUGCGACCUCUCGUAGUAGCUCUGAGACCUGGGUCUGAUCUUGUGGGACAAGGUCUCAGGACGUUGGAACUUUGCGUCGACAACCUCACCGCUGAUUACUUGGACCCCAUCAUGGCCCCAGUAAUUGAUGAGUUGAUGACCGCUCUCUUCGAUCAUCUUCGCCCUACACCCUACAGUCAUUUUUAUGCUCACACCACCAUGCGAAUCUUGGGAAAACUGGGUGGCCGGAACAGGAAAUAUAUGACAGGCGCUCCAGGUCUGACCUUCCAGCAAUUCUCGGACGAUAUUACCAGUUUCGAUCUGAAGCUCGUUGGGUCGAAGAAAGAUAGAGCUUUCCCAGCUGAGAUUGGUAUCGAUCUCGCCAUUGGUAAAUUGAUGGAAGCGCCGAAAGGAGCUGCGGCCAAGAAAUUAGAUGGAUAUUACAAGAAACAAGCUCUCCAUCUCAUAAAGACCCAAUUAAAGUUGCGUCUUGGUGUAGACAACCUCCCGGAAGAUUUCUCCCGACUUGUCCGUUUGCAGGCACAGGAUUUGCUAGCCGGAGAAUCCAACGUCGACUUGACUGCGCUCGAAACGUCCGACAGAGAACGGUCUGUUUUCAAGAAAGACGGACAGGACGCGAUGCUUAAAAAGUUGCUCAAAAGCUGCAUAUUUGCUAUUUCUCUCCCCGACUUUACAGCUGAGGCCUCGGCACUUUUAACCAAUGUCUGCAGGCAUAUCACAAUCCUCGAGAUUGGUAACGCUUUGCAAGAGAUGAAGCGAAGGAAACAGGCGUUUGAUGUAAAAGCUGGAGAAGGUAGACUCUUCAUUGAAAGUAGAGUGCUUGCCGAUGCCAUUGUUGAGUCCUUGUCAUCUGAUAUGCCAGCUGUUCGGGAAGCCGCCCAGCAAGCGAUCCAGGAGGUUUACGAUUCUACCGGUAUCAUAUUCGGAUCGAGCACUGAAAUUUCCCGCUUGUCAUUUUUUGACCAUCUCGUCAAGUCCUUCUGUCACGCAUGUUACGAAGAGGAGUGGUUUACCAAGGCAGGUGGUAGCUUGGGAAUUAGCCUUAUGCUUACCACGUUUGACAUGGGCGAUGCUUGGGUGCAAGAUAAGCUGAUAGAGCUGGUAAGGGCUCUGAUGUAUGUCAUCAAGGACAUGCCUCCUGAUCUACCAGCAAAGACUCGAAGGGGAGCUCAAGGUACACUCGAGAUCCUUCUACGUCGUAGUAUGAAGAAUGCGACCAAGGAUGACCUCGCUGUUCCUCCUCCGGCUCAGCCCCCUCACCAACAGUCACGAGGAUCUAAGCUUUACCAGAUUUGCGGCCUCAUGAAUCUCGCCGUUUGCCACAUGAAUCGACAUGUCCGUGAAGCUUCCAGGCAAGCACUGGAGAUCAUUUCUAAGGAGGUUGGGGUUGAGAUCUGGGAGCUUUUGGAGCCCAGCAAGGACAGUUGUCUAAUGCCAAUUUACAACAAGCCGCUGAGAGCACUUCCAUUUGGAGUGCAAAUUGGUUUUAUCGAUGCAAUCACAUAUUACAUGGGAUUGAAGAGCGACUUCGUCCCCUUUGACGACCACCUCAAUCGCCUGCUCAUGGAGACUUUGGCUUUGACUGAUGCACCUGACGAGUCCUUGGCUGGAAAGCCGCAGGAGCAUCGGACACAUGAGUCGAUCGUCAAUCUUCGCGUGGCCUGCAUGAAAAUGCUUACAACAGCAAUGGGGUUCGAGGAUUUUCAGAAAGGGGCCGCAAAUCCCACUCGAAGCAAGAUCGUUGGCGUCUUCUUCAAGUGCUUGUACUCAGAAUCAAAGCCUAUUAUUGAGUCAGCGAAUGACGCAUUGAAGGUCGUCCUCUCUCAGACGAGCAAGCUACCCAAAGAUCUUCUUCAAAAUGGUCUCCGUCCUGUGCUGGCAAAUCUCCAAGAUCCACGUCGGCUAAGCGUCCACGGUCUUGACGGCUUAGCCCGACUUCUGCAACUUCUGACAACGUACUUCAAGGUUGAGAUUGGCUCUCGUCUGCUCGACCACAUCAAGACCCUCGCAGAUCAAAACAUGCUCCAACGAAUCUCAUUCACUCUUAUUGAGCAAAACGAGCAGAUGAAAAUCAUUGCCGCCGUCGUCAACAUCUUCCAUCUGCUUCCUCCGGCCGCAGAACAAUUUAAAGAAAGACUCAUCAUCACUGUACUGGAUUUGGAGGAACAAUUACGUAGGACGCGAUACAGCCCAUUCAGACCGCCACUCUACAAAUACAUCAACAGAUACCCCAAAGAGACCUGGGGCCUCCUCCUUGGCAAGAUCGAGGAGCCAAAGUAUGGCCGCUUCCUAGCUCAGGUUCUGGAGAAUCCCGAAAGCAAAGCUCUACGAGAGGUCGUUGUCAAUGGAGUCGAGUCCUUGAUCAAGUACUGUGGAGACAUGAGUGAGGGAAACAAGGAGAGCAAGUAUGCUGCUAUCAUCAAUUCCAUCCACAUCAUGCAUUCCAUCUCCAAGUUCGAAGGCACCCGAUCUUGGAUGGAAAAGAAGGAUAGUUUGAUGUGGUUCAAAGCCGUUGGCAAGAAGUUGGAAGCACAAUUGCGCAGCAACACCCUGCCGCCACAACUCCGUCUUGCUGCCGAGCAAGCUGGCGAUCAUCUCAUGAUCAUCUUCACCAAGUUCCUUGAGUACCAUCCUAAGGACCUGGACGCUUUGUUCAGCCUUGUGGAGGCUGUCACCUCUGAUGACUUCAAACCCAGCCAGCCGCUUUUCGAUUAUAUCUACAAGCACAUUGUCUGUAAUGAAUCGAUUGACUACUGGAAAGCAAUUAUUAUGCGGAGCUUGGAAAUAUAUGCUGGUAGGAGCGCAUCACAAAAGACGAAGGCAUUCCUUUUGCACUACCUGGUCAACCCCAUCAUCGCCAUGGAUGUCAUGCGCACCACUGGACAAUCAAUUGCUGCAAAGACACCCAGACUAAUGGAUAAAGCAGUGAUCGAGUCAGUUCACAGCAAGAUCUGGAAAGUGGGUCUUGGGGACUCCAAUGAAGACUUGACUCAGCCAGGCAUCGAUCACACCCGGAUGGAAGUCCUGCAGCUUACAGCGAUGCUUAUUAAGUAUUACCACGCGAUUCUGCAAGAUGCCCGAAAGGACAUCAUCAAAUUCGGCUGGACCUACAUUCGUCUGGAGGAUGUUAUCAAUAAGCAUGCUGCGUAUGUCGUAAUCGGAUACUUCAUCGCGCAUUACGAGACACCAGCCAAGAUAGUCCAGCAAGUCUACUUUUCACUUCUGAGAGCAAAUCAGAAUGAAGGUCGAGCCUUGGUGACACAGGCCCUGGAGCUCAUCGCACCUGUACUCCCCAAGCGAGUCAACGCAGCGCCAGGCGAUCGCAACCCUAUCUGGGCUGUUGGACCCCGUCGAAUUUUGGCUGAAGAGGGUCAAAAUGUACAGCAAAUGACUAGCAUCUUCCACUUCUUAGUCAAGCACGCGGAUCUUUUCUACGACUCUCGUGAAAAGUUCAUUAAUCUCAUCAUAAGCUCUCUCCGCAAAAUUGCUGCACCACCAAAUCCAUCAAAUGAGAGCAAGAAGCUGGUAUUGAACCUGAUGACUUUGAUAUGGCAGUGGGAGCAGAAGCGUGUCGAAGGAAAGGAUGCUUCUCCUGUGCGAGCCUUUUCGGAAUCUCCGAACACGAAAAAAAGGAAGCUCGAGAGUUUGAGUGACCAGCAAACAUCUUCGCCUUCACCAUCCAAGCCUGGUUCGUCCUCAGGUGACAAACCCGAGUACAAAAUCCCACCUAUUGUCCAAUCAAAGAUGAUUAAGUAUCUCGUCGAGUUUAUUGCAUCGCUCAGCGAGAGGUAUCCGCUCCCAUCAGCUAAGAACAGAGAUUCAGGCGCUUCUAAUUCUCCGAUGCAGCCUGGGCUCUCAGUUGAGAUGUGCAAGAAGGCCAUUUCUCUUCUCUACAAUCUCCUUCAGCCACAGUACUGGGGAGAAUCAGGUGUUGACUUGUUCCCAAAUGUUACCGAGACAGUUUUAGCGAGUGAGAGGACAAUUGCCGCUCUUGCCAGCGAGCAUUCUGACAAGGAAAAGCCCGAUGAGAAAUUCAUCACCAACAUGAUAAAUACUCUCCAGAUUGUUCGCAUCAUUGUCAACAUCAAGUCAGACGAGUGGAUUUUGCAAAACCUAUCCGCUCUGCAGCAUAUUCUGGAUAAGUCCCUGAAGUCAGACAAUCCAGAGAUACAAGAUUGCUUGCAUUCGGCCGAUGAAACGAUCGACGAUGGUCGGAAGCUGAGGCCACUGCUCAAACGUAUCCUGGAUGCUGUUCCCGAUGAUGUUCCCAUGGAGGAUGCCGAUGCAGAUGGAGAAGCAGAAGCAUCAACGUCGGAGAUCAUUACCUUCUUAACUAACAUAGCUACCGAGAUGCUCUCGGCCAGCAACUAUGUCGCCGGCAUCAACGUUUUGUGGACUCUGGCCCAGCGAAAGCCUUCUGAGAUGGAUCAACACAUUAAUCAAGUAAUGAAGGCUCUGCAAGCCAAGCUGGCGCGGGAACACGUUGGUCAUUAUACUGCUGUAAUGGGCCAGUCUGGGAUGGCAGCUCCGGUUCGACCAGGAGAGGCUGAACCAGCAGGGGUAAUGAGCAACUACGAUCUGGAAAUUCAAACUGGUCUCAUGCUCAAGGCUAUUGAUGUCAUCUCGAUGCGUAUGGAUGUCCUCGGGGAUAAUCGCCGUCCUUUCCUUAGCGUCCUUGCGACAUUGGUUGAAAAAUCGAUGAGUAACUCACUGUGUUUGAAGAUUCUAGACAUGGUCGAAAACUGGGUCUUUAAGUCCGAGGGAUCAUGGCCUACGUUGAAAGAGAAGACUGCCGUCUUACACAAAAUGUUGACUUUCGAAACCCGAUCCGACCAAACCCUCCUGAUGAAGUUCCUCGAACUCGUAAUACGUAUUUACGAGGACCCGAAGAUUACGCGCACGGAGCUCACUGUUCGAAUGGAGCAUGCAUUCUUGAUUGGCACCAGAGCCCAAGAUGUUGGGAUGCGGAACCGCUUUAUGACAAUCUUUGACAAGAGUCAAUCCAAGACAGCCAGUGCGAGACUAGCUUAUGUGAUUACUGGUCAGAAUUGGGACACAUUAGCCGAAUCGUACUGGCUCUCUCAAGCUUCUCAACUACUGCUUGGCGCUGUCGAUACGAAUAGCUCACUGCAGCUGCACUCGGAAGACUUCCGAGUCAUGCCAGCUUCUAUGAUCUUUGGGACUUAUUCCAAAGACCCUCGAACCCCAGCACUUCCUUCGGACGCCAAGUUCGAUAGUUUGAUGGCCACUCAUCGACGCUUUGUGGCCGAGCUUGGAGAUGUUAAAGUCCGCGAUGUGAUUGAACCUCUCACUCAAUUGCAACAUACCGAUCCCGACAUGGCACAUGAGAUGUGGGUUGCGUUGUUCCCUAUGUUCUGGGCUGCUACUCCCAAGGAUGAACGUAGUGAUUUAGAGAGAGGAAUGGUCGCUUUACUCACCAAGGAUUACCACUCACGGCAAGUUGAUAAGAGACCCAACGUCAUCCAAUCACUCCUCGAAGGAGCCGCAAGGUCUUGGCCGGAAUGCAAAAUUCCACCCCAUGUGCUGAAGUUUGAAGCAAAGACGUACGAUGCUUGGUACACCGCACUUGUACAGCUUGAAAACGCUGCAAUCAACCCAGCAGUUGAUAGCGCGUUAAUUCGAGAGAGCAAUCAGGAUGCUCUUGUGGAGCUGUAUGCUGGUUUACAGGAAGAUGAUCUAUUCUACGGAACGUGGCGCCGCCGAUGUCAGUUCGUGGAGACGAACGCUGCUCUUUCGUACGAGCAGAAUGGCAUGUGGGACAAAGCGCAGAGCAUGUAUGAGGCUGCUCAAAUCAAAGCCCGUACCGGUGCUAUUCCUUUCUCCCAGGGCGAAUACAUGCUCUGGGAAGAUCAUUGGGUCUUGUGUGCACAGAAACUUCAGCAGUGGGAGAUUCUUUCCGAUUUCGCCAAGCAUGAGAACUUCCAAGACCUGCUGUUGGAGUGCGCAUGGAAACAAACAGAGAUGUGGCAGACACCCGAACAUCGCGAGUCCCUCGACAAUUUGAUCAAGGGUGUGAUGGAUGCACCUACACCUCGGCGUGCCUUCUUCCAGGCCUUCAUGUCACUUCUCAAGCUUCACAACAAGACCGAAUCUCCAGGCGAGUUUAGCAAGGUCUGUGACGAGGCCAUUCAGCUUUCAAUCCGAAAGUGGCACCAGCUACCGAGGCGGAUCACGAACGCUCAUAUUCCUCUCCUGCAGAACUUCCAACAGCUUGUGGAGCUUCACGAUGCUAGCGUUAUUUGCCAGAGUCUAGCGCAGACAAAUCAGGCCAACCUUGAUGUGAAAUCUGGCGAGCUGAAGUUAUUACUGGGUACAUGGCGUGAUCGACUUCCUAACGUUUGGGAUGAUAUCACCGCAUGGCAGGAUCUGGUGACCUGGAGACAACACAUUUUUGGACUGAUCAAUACAACAUAUCUUGGACUCCUUCCUCAGCAAGGGCAAAACGCCAAUGGAGCUUCCUUCGCUUAUCGGGGUUAUCACGAGACUGCUUGGAUUAUCAAUCGCUUUGCUCACGUUGCCCGCAAGCACCAGCUUCCAGAGGUCUGUAUCAGCCAGCUCAGUCGAAUCUACACUCUGCCAAAUAUUGAAAUUCAAGAAGCAUUCUUGAAGCUUAGGGAACAGGCCAAGUGCCAUUAUCAGAACCCCAACGAGCUCACCAAUGGAUUGGAUGUUAUUAACAAUACCAAUCUCAAUUACUUCGGUCCAAACCAGAAGGCUGAGUUCUAUACACUAAAGGGUAUGUUCUUGGAGAAGCUAGGUCAGCGGGAUGAGGCUGCGGAGGCCUAUGGCAUGGCACUAUUCUUUGACAUCAAGCUUCCAAAGGCAUGGGCAGAAUGGGGGUAUUACAAUGAUCGUCUGUUCAAAGAAAACCCAAAUGAUUAUCAAUUCGCGCGAAACGCGUUGAGCUGCUACCUCGAGGCUGCUGGACUCUUCAAGAAUGCGAAGUCACGGAAAUUGCUCACUCGCAUUCUCUGGCUACUAAGUCUUGAUGACGCCGAAGGCACCCUGUCGGCACAAUUCGAUGACUACAAAGGUGAGACGCCCGUGUGGUACUGGAUCACCUUCAUCCCUCAACUUUUGACUGGACUUGGCCACAAGGAAGCACCUAAAGCGAAUAUACUUCUUUCCAAGAUCGCCAAGGCGUAUCCCCAAGCUCUUUACUUUCAGUUGCGAACCAAUCGAGAAGAUAUGCUCGCCAUCAAGAAGACCCAGGAGCAGAAAGAGGCAAGAGAGAGAAUGGCAAAAGCUAGACAGCAGGGCAAUAAUAGCGGUUCAGCUCCACAGCAAAACGGCUCACCCAGUGCCCAACGUCAGAACACUCCUGCUACUCGACCUGAUAGUGCUGCUGGAUCAAGGCCCGGAACAGCAAACCCGGAGUCUAAUUCUGUGGUCAAGGCUGAGCCGGAUGCAAAUGGAGAUAACAAGACUGAUGUUACAGCUGCACCGCAGAAGAAGCCGCCAUGGGAGCACACCGAGGAGGUGCUCGCUGUACUCAAGACUGCCUUCCCGCUCUUGGCACUUUCUAUGGAAACCAUGGUUGACCAGAUUUCCAAGUUCUUCAAGUGUCCACCAGAUGAAGAUGCGUACAGAUUGAUCACUGCUUUGCUCAACGACGCACUCUCGUACGUUGGCCGCAUGCCCGGUUCAUACGCUCACGAUGUCAAGUUACCACAGGCAACCGAGUCAAACAUCACGAGAUUUGCUGAGACCAUUCUUCCGACGCAUAUACGAGCCUCGUUUGAAAUCGACUUUGUUCAGAAGAAGCCGACAAUGCACGAAUAUAUUCAUAAGCUCCGCAAGUGGCGCGAUAAGUUCGAAGCCAAGCUUGAUCGAAGAUCGAAAAUUAAGUAUCUGGAGGAUUGUAGCCAACACCUCAGUGAUUUCAAAUUUGCCAAACUCGACGAGAUCGAGGUCCCCGGCCAAUACUUGCAACACAAAGACAAAAACCAGGACUUUAUUCGCAUUGAGCGUUUCUUGCCAAAUGUUGAUCUAGUCCGAAAUAUUGGGGUUUGCCAUCGCCGAGUAAAGAUUCGUGGUCACGAUGGUAGCGUUCAUCCAUUCGCGAUUCAGCAUCCAGCCGCCAGGCACUGUCGGCGUGAAGAACGAAUCUUACAGUUGUUUAGACAUUUUAACGGGAGCCUAAGUAAGCGCAAAGAAAGCCGGCGCCGCAAUCUCAACUUCACCCUGCCGCUAAUGAUUCCUCUUGCCCCACAUAUUCGUAUGGUGCAAGAUGACCCAACCUAUGUCUCGUUACAAGGUGUCUAUGAAGAUCACUGCAGGAAGAGUGGGAUGUCGAAGGACGAUCCCAUCCUAUUUACAAUGGACAAGAUGAGGGCAUUUGCCGAGGGAAAGGCAAGUCACAUUAAUGCUGAGCCUAUAGAUGAAGCUAACAUAUUCCAGAAAAAUAUCGAUCAGUCAAUCACCGCCAAACUCGAAACUUACGGUGCCAUCCAGGAUAAAUGGGUCCCCCACAACCUGGCUCUUGAAUACUUUACGAAGGUGUACCCGUCAUAUUCCGAGUUCUGGCUCUUCCGCCGUCAAUUCUCCUAUCAAUUCGCGGCCCUCACCUUCAUGACCUACAUCUUACACAUGCACAACCGCUACCCGCAAAAGCUCAACAUCUCCCGCGGUACCGGCAACGUCUGGGGUUCAGAACUUAUGUCCUGCAUGGCAGCCGGAAAGGCCUUCUUCCAUAACCCCGAGCCUGUUCCUUUCCGCCUGACGCCCAACCUACAGACACUCAUGGGUCCCUUAGCCACCGAAGGCAUUUUCUCCUGCGCAAUCAUGGCUAUUGCGCGCUGCCUGACGGAACCAGAAUUUGAGCUCGAACAACAGCUUUCACUGUUCGUAAGAGACGAGAUGAUCUUUUGGUUCACGUCCGCGCACAGAAGCUCGGGCAGUAUGGGUGAGGGGCAGCUUAGGGAGACAGUCCAGACUAAUAGUGAGUUGAUUGUCAAGAGGACCCUAAGUAUCGCGCAGAGUCCGGCGGGUGCACUGCCGGCGAAUCAGACGGUCAUUGAUUUGAUUGCAAAGGCGGUUAACCCGAUGAAUUUGGCGCAGUGUGAGGCGCUUUUCAUGCCCUAUCUAUGA